AUGAUCCGCACCGUCCUCAUAUGCGGCGUGCUGGGCGCUGUGCACGCGCAGCAGGGCAUGUGGGUGAGUUGGGGGAGAGGGCUGAAAAUUCGGGCUAGGGUUACUGUAAUUUUAAGGUAAAAACUUUUUUUUUGAAAAAUGAUUUUUUUAGGAUUUUUUUGUGUCAAAAAAACAUUUUUUUUUUGAGUUUUGCCAUGUCUAAAAAUUCAAAGUAAAAAAUGCCAUAGAUCACAAAUACUAAAACUUUCAAUUUUCCUACACUUUCCAGGAAUAUGACUACCCAAUGUUUCCUCAGUUCCGUUUCCGGCCAGCCGAGCCUGGUCCACUUUUCGCCAAUCCUCCUCCACCGCCUGGGGCAUUCCAACCACCACCGAUCAACUUGUUAAAUCCUGGCCAGCCAGGAGUCAAGCCGGUUCAUCGAUUGUCCGCAGCUACCUACAGAAGCGGAGAUUUGACUAGAACUCGUAAGGAUUUUAGGAUUUCUUGAGGAUUACAGUGUUAUGUGGCCCCAUCAGUCUGUCGGGAAAAUAGAGAGCGCUCUGUCGGAUCGAAAAUGAAUUGUGUCAAGUCAAAAUUAAAUUUGUUUUGACUUCAGCGACGCGAUGGGCGCAGCGACCGGCGCUCACUAUUUUCCCGACAGACUGAUAUUUCCUCACAAGGGAAGUUCUCGCGGUGUAACUCUCAUAUUUCUUAUAAAUUUUGCACAAGUCAAGACCUCAAAUCGUGUAACAGUUCUGGAAAAAUUUGGGUUGUGCUUUACAGAAGCCGGAAAUUGAUUCUUAAUAGGACGGUCGUGCUUUUUGGAAAACAUAAAGUUGAAAUUUGAAUUUUUUUCAAUUGAUAAGCGCGAAAAAAAGGUAUCAAAUUGUAGACUAACAGCUGCUUCCAUUGGGUUGUGCAGUAAGUUCGUUCUAUUUUUUUAUUGCUUUGGUUUGCCAAUUUUCAAAAAAAGCUAAAAGCACAGUUUUGUAGAUGAGAAAAAACUGUAUCAAAUAAAAAUAUACCCUUUGCCGAACAACAAACAAUCCUUGUAAAAGAAAGCAAUCGAAAAAUAGAACGAACUUACUGCACAACCCAAGGCAAAACACAAGCUAAAAAUGAAGCGCACGUAUUCGAAACCUCAACCUUUUUUGCCAAUUUUUGUCUUUGAUCACCUUCCCUUUUUUGACCUUGAUCUUGCUCUGCUUUUCAGCCUAUGCCAAAUCCUUGGAAGCUGGUGAUCUUGAUAGUCUGCUGGCCAGACUAGUCACCAAACUCCCACAAAUUGCGGAGAAAAUGCUGAACAAACGGGAUGGAGAUGAAAACGGGAACUUUGAGCCUUGGAAAAUGCCUGAUUCGUUUAAAAAACCAAAGCCACAAGCCUCGGAACCCGCGGCCGUCAUCAAUUCUAUGCCCAGUAAGGAUAUGAUAUUUUUAUGCGUUUUUAAACGUAUUUCCAUUGUGCUGUUCGUAUUUUACACUUCAUUUAGAUCUUCACUUAAAUUCAAGCGUCGUUUUUUCAGCUCCUCGAGGGCUGUUUUCGUUCGACCGCUUGUUGAGUGCUUUCACGGGCAGUGGCCUCGGUUCAGAGAGGGCUCAAGUGUCCGAAAACAAGGACGGAUCCGCCGAGAAGAUCGAAAAGGAAGCCGAAUUCGACAUGGAGAAGAUCAGAGGGAUCCCGAUUCAGAAGGUAAGAGAGAAUGAGAAACAUAAUGGCUGAAACACAUUCAAAUCACAAGAGGGAUCGAAAUGUGAGGGCGAAAAAAAUAGUGUAACCUACAGCGACGGACCGGAUCCAGUGGCAAAAAUCUUACCAUUUUGCUUCCGGAAAGUAUCAAAAAUGUGGCAAAAUGCCUCACUCUCCAACUCAGAAAAAACUCCGUUUUGAAGGGUUCCUAACAAAAAGAGCGGGCGCGCUUUUAAGAUCGAAGUUUUUUGGCUUGGAGAGGGAGGUAUUUUGCCAAAUUUUCUAUACCUCCCGGAAGCAAAAUGGCACGUUUUUUGCCACUGGACUGUAGCAAAAUCACACUGGAAGGUUCAAUGCCAGAUUUUAGCUGACGCCUUGCCGAAUCGAACGUAUACAUUUUGGUCGAAAUCAACUGAAAGCUUGAAUGUUUUGGUGUGAAAAGUUUCAUUUCUUUGCUGGAGAAAGUAAUGGUUUUAUAAAAAAACUUUUUGCAAGCAAAGCUAGUGACCAAAACGGGGUUCUUUCUCUGUCCGUUCUCUCGAUUUCCCGUAUUUUCUCGCCUUCAAGAUUGUUGAAUAUCUCGGCUGCUCCUGCAAGAUGCGAGCAGAAAUUUUAGGAAAUUGUAAAUGGUUUAGACGCUAGGCCUGCACGAAAUUUAGUCUAUCCCCCUUUUUCGCUGCAGCUUCAUUCCUUUACAACUCGCUUUAUCUCCAAUUCCAGGACAUGGACCCUCUUCCAUCCCACGUUGCCAUUGACGAAGUGAUGGUGCCUUCGCAAUCCAACGAGAACUCCGUAGAUGAGAAUGGCUCUCACGAAUUCAUCGACCUUUCACAUCACUUCGACACAACUGAAGCCCCCAAAGCCGAACCCACCACAGAGUCUUCGACCACAGCAAAUCCGGCCGACAAUCUGUUGGGCUCUUUGUUGACGGGCAAGUUCGAGAAAAUCAAUUGGAUGGACUCCAUUUUUGGGCAUAAAAACGAAAAAACGGAGGGAAAUGCGUUGAGUGGAAUUCUGGGAGGGACCGGGGAGUUCGGCGGCCUCAGCCAGUUUCUGGGAUCGGCCAUGGAUUCGCCUGGCAAUGACUCGGUUCGAGAGUAA